AGAUGCAGCUUAAUAAAAUCAUUCUCAAAAUUUGGCUGAUUUGUGCAGUUAUAUUAUUGUGCAUCACAAUGGUCAGAUCUAUUCCGACCGGAUUGACAAAGUCAACUGGAAUAGAUCCAAAAGAUGAUACACUAUCGGAUAUUCAACCCGAGGCUUCUGAUGAUUCGUCGAAUAAAAAGAAGCUUGAAGAUGAAAAUCAACGUUGUAAUUUGAAUGUGAGUUCACUGGAAGACUAUUCAAAUGGUCAAGAGCUAAUCAAUCUAUUAAUGGAAAAAGGUGAAAUCGAACCAAAACCAAGUAGCCAAUUUCAGAAAAUUCGUAGAGAUAAAUAUUGUGCUGACGAUCGGUAUGAUGAGUUAAUUUCAGCUUUCAAUGUUAUACUGGAAGAAGUUUUACAUAAAGGCAGGUUUGAUCCAAAAAACGAUGAAAAAACUGUGAAUCGAAUUGAAAAUGACUCGCGCGAAAUGUCAUACUUAAAGCAAACACAUUCAGCAUUGAAGUUAUCAAAGUGUGGCAAAAGACAAAAAUGCUUAAGUGAAAAAGAAGAUGAACUACUUCAAAACAUUAACAUGCUAAAUAAUCAAUUGAAUGUUUUAAUGGGAAAUUCUGCAAACGAAGCAUCAAAAAGAAAACGUCGUACACAUGGAAUUAGAAGCCCUCCAAGUGUGAGUCAUUCCGACAAUAAAUCAACUGUUUUGCCGACUAAUCAUAUCGAUGGAAGAACAAAACCACAGAAUAUCGCCCCCACAAUCCAAUAUGUGACUCAAUCAAGUGUUUUUGAGGAAUCGAUGAGCGAACAAAAGCUGACAACCGAUGAAUCGCUGGUGAACGAUGGGCAUAUGACAGUGUCAUCAAUAGGAAAACUUCAAACAAUAUCGUAAACACCGAAAAGUCCAUAAGAAAUAGGUCAAACAAGAGCUGACUAAGGAAAACAAUGGCGUUGACAAAUUAAUAAUAAAAAAUCAUCUGCGAGUAGUUCUAAUUUAGAUUUGCCAAAA